AUGCAAAAAACUUUUAAAGAUGGUAAUAUCGUCGCGCCUCACACCAAAUUGCCUCAUCCUUCCCAAGAAGAAGUUGAAAAACGCGAAGCAGAACGAUUGAAAAAUGUUGAUGAAAAAACUGGAAAACCAAAAGAAGGUGGAUCUGCCGCCAGAGCUCAAACAGGCGCUACAACUACGUUGGAUGAAGUCAGACCCACUUCGAAACGAGUCUAUCAAAAAUAA